CGCAACUAUCUUAUCCGUUACUAGAUUAGAAUUGAUGACCCACACGAUUUGUUCUGAAUUUCUUGCAAAAGGUGAUCUGGCGACUUCUAGUCUCAUUAUUGGAAUCGAUUUCUCAAUUAGCAACACAUGGGCAGGCCGACAUUCCUUCAACAGAAGGAGCCUACAUCAAAUUGGAGAUGCUCAAAAUCCCUAUGAACAAGUUCUCCGGCUUACUGGAAGAACCUUAGCUCCUUGUAUGAAGGAUAAGCUAAUUCACUGCUUUGGAUUUGGAGAUGGUAAAUUCUGUGUGAUAUUGCAUUUUAGUCUCUCGCUGAAUACAUAUUCUAAGAUGCCUUUGAAUGUUGAGACUCGUCCUAUCUAUUUUCUCCUCUCUUCCUCCGCACUCAAAUGACAUACAGAAAUAAUCGAAUACCCAUCUGAUCUUCUCAUCACACUUACUUCUAUCACAAAAUUUCCUCAAUCUACUUUCACAAGGAGAAUCGAAAGAUAUAACAACAGGUUGAUAUCACAAUAAAACGAAUUUCCCUAACCUAUUUUGUCUUAAUUUCAAAAGGGGAAAGUAUAACUCAGCAUCAAAUUACAUCAAAUCGAAUUUCUUUUCUCUUAAUAUCAGAAGGGGAAAUUAACCUAUUUUACGCUGUGUUGAUGUUUAGUUUAAGCGGAAUCAGCAUCAAAUAGAAUUGAGGUAUUUUGAUGUUUGAUUUUAAAGUGACAAAUUUUAUUUAUUCUUUGUACUUAUGGAUUCCUAUAAUCAUUAUUUUCUUAAAUCUAGAUUUUGGUUAUCAGUCGAAGAGAUGAUUUUGAGUUUGAGUCCACUAAUUUUUAGAUAGGGGUUAAAUGUUUAUUUUUCUUCCAUAAAUGUUCGUCGAAAUGCCCCAUAGAAAUGAUGCUCAGUUUUUGCUUUGGUUCUUGAAGAAGUCAUGUGUUUGUAUAACAAUUGACAUUGGGUUGUUCUUUAUAGUAUGGAAGCAAGAGAUUUUAAUGGAAUUAAUACAGGGUUGAGGAAUUCAGGUGAGGGUUACAUGUCAUUCUUAUUUGACUACUUCAUAGUAUUGUUGAAAUGCUGACUCUUUCUGCGUGUUGUGCACUCUAGCCACAGAAGUGCAAGUUUUCGGCUUCCCCAUUUACUUGAAUUUGAUGUGUUUACUCUGCAUCCAACCACUUUAUACCAUGUUAAUAAGAUGAUAGGUGAUAUCUAGCUUAGUUGAUGCUUUUCAUAGUUUGGGAAGGGGGGCAGAGAUAGGCACCAAGAAGGGAUGGUUAAUAAAUCAGUUGGCAUUCAGUAAUGUGAUGCAGUACGAUACAUGUGCACUCAUAGAGAUUUGGUUUCAGGCAAGUUUGUUGACGACAUUAGUGUGAGCAUAUUAAAGACGCACUAAAUGGGUCAUAGAUUAUCUUCAAUAAUGUCUGCAUAAACAGAAGACAAACUAUUGGAUCAGAAUUGUAUUCGGUUGAUAAAAGGUGAGUGUAUUGGUUCCCAACUUCCUAGACUUACAACUUGGGUUCAAUGAAUUUGUUUUGUGCAUGCAUGUUUUUUUAUCUAAAUUUUAGUUUCUGAUGUUAAUAUUUGGUCAAAGAAAGUCGAGAGCUUAAAUGAAUUAGAGAUUGAAUAAACAUUGCAAAAUAUAUAGAAAAAGACGUAUUACAGUCGACGAGUCAAAUUAAUUGGACAAAUCUGAUGCUACGAUUCUUAUCAUUUGCACAAUAUCAUUUUAUUAUUCUAACGUUUGUCAAUUCAUCUUUUUGUCACCAUACAUUUCAUUGUCAUGAGAAUUUAGCAAUUGAGAAUCUUCGUCGGAGUCCUAAAAUCAAGCAACCUCAACUUUGGCAGUUAAUUGAUACCAGAACGGAUGGCACUGGUAAAAGUUAUGCUGUCUUUCUGUCUUUUCAGUUUGUGAAUUUUACAGGAAUUAUGUCAAAAGAUGUUCAUUUGUCCAGAAAAGAGAUUGAGUUUGCUCUUUCAGCUUUCAUGGAAAUCUCCAGGCAGAAAAACACCAACAAACAAAAGUUAGGUUUUUCGUGCAAGGAGGUAGGCUCAGAAAGAGUUCCUCUCUUCAAAAAACUAGAAAGAGUUCCUCUUCUUCCACCUGUUCACAUUUCAGCUUCCCUUGUCUCAAAAUCUUGCUUUUUAGAGAUGCUAAAAUCUUGCUUUUUGGAGAUACAACGUAGAGAAAAUACAAUACAUGAUGAGAAUGGUCCCUGGUUUGAUCGAUUAGAACAUGAAAGUCCAAUCAGUAUGAUUGGCAGUUAUACAGGUGUAAUCCACAUUGGCAAUUUCCCAGUGCCGGCAAGUUUUGGAGCUCUGUAUAAGAAGAUUUGGGUAAAGCAUGGGCAUCUAGCAACCCGCAAUAUCAUCAAAACAUCAACCCUGACCUUAGCGACUCUAGUCGCAGAACUAUUGAAGUCUAUCGCAGCCAUGGAAAGUGUGAAGAGGUACAAACUAUCUGCUUCUCUUCUUGGUAAGUGGGAUAGGCAGAUUGAAGAUGCUGAAGCGCUUCAAUUUAACGUGCAAUGGCUUAGGAGGCAUUUUGAAAAGGUUAAGAAGAUCUGGGAGGCUGCAUCAUUGUUGAGGAACUCUCAAUUAACUCUAGAGAAGGAAAAGGCUGCUGCUUUAGAAAAAAGGUCAGCUGCAUGCGCAAAACGUGAUGCUCUCAAGACACAACUUUUAGAGGUGGAGAAGGAAGUGGAGCAAGCGACAUCAGAAAUAAUUCAGCAUGACAGAGCUAUUUUAGAAGAUGCCAUGACAAGAGAGCGAUAUGCUUUCUUUCUUCGAAAGUCUUUCCUAGAGGAUGCCUUGUAAUUAAUCUUGUAAGUUAUCGGUUUUAUCAUAGCAAUACCUACCCUUAAAUAGUAGUAUUUCAGAACAUUCGUCUUCUGGUUCGCUUUUGUUCAUGAGUGGCUCAUGCAUUUAACUGACGUUGGUCUCUAUUUUGUGCAUGUUCCAAUAUCAACUUUUACUUGAGUUGUAAUUUUUGGUGGACUAUGAAGAAUACAUCCCUGAU